UUUCCCGACAUAAUCAUUAUUCCACCACCRAAAAAAUGUUGUUUUUCGGGAAUAUUCCCUAAAAUUCAUUCCUGUUCGUAAGGAAUGGACAUUGUUUAAACGGGAGAACAGCUAAAGACUUCAAAAACUCCUCAACUGAUUGAUUAAGUGCGCGUCUUGGCCAGCUAUGGGACUGCUUUUCUCGUAUUUCUUUCGGUGGUUCAGUAAUGAAGAACACAAAGUUAUUAUUGUUGGACUGGACAAUGCUGGCAAAACAACUAUUCUCUAUCAAUUUUUGAUGAAUGAAGUYGUGCACACAUCGCCAACAAUAGGGAGCAAUGUAGAAGAGAUUGUAUGGAAAAAUAUUCACUUUAUCAUGUGGGAUAUUGGAGGACAAGAGUCAUUAAGAGCAUCAUGGAAUACUUACUAUGCACAUACACAAUUUUUAAUUUUAGUUAUUGACAGUACAGACAGGGAAAGACUAGCSAUUACAAAAGCAGAAUUAUACCAAAUGCUUGCCAAUGAAGAACUAAAGCAAGCUGCAGUUUUGGUCUAUGCAAAUAAACAAGAUAUUUCGGGUUCAAUGUCAGUAGCUGACAUAUCAGAACAGCUAAAUCUGGCUAAUAUCAAGGAUCAUGGUUGGCAUAUACAGCCUUGCUGUGCUUUAACUGGAGAAGGGCUUUACCAAGGUCUUGAGUGGAUAACUUCACAAGCAAGGAAAUGAUGUAUAUUUUUUAGAAUAUGAUAGUUUAUUUUAUAAAUAAGAACUUCCUUUAUCUAGGUAUUAUUUCAUUUUAACCAUACAAGCAUAAUUUAAGUGAUAAGGAACAAGGAUUCUUCACAGGGAUAGCUUAUUUUCUUCAGGAUUUGGUUGGCUCUAAUGUUCWCAACUUACAGUUACCCAAAUAUUAAGAGGAAAAUGUUAAUAAAUUCAUGAAGUUUUUAAGAGCAAAGAAAUAGACUCUUACCAAAUUUCAUUUAACGUCGUAUUUUAUGGCCACCUGCAAAUAUUAGGGAACCUCAGAUUUGACAACGAGUACGAGAUUGAGUACGAGCACGAGUUUUAAUAAUUGGCCUUAAGUGUGCUAUUAAUCAUWUGAAUUGCAUUCCUGUUUUAAUAGAUUGAAACAUCAAGAAAUAAAAACAGAGAACUCAAUAAAAGCUGGUUUGGAAACUCAUACUUGUACUCAAUCUCAUWCUCGUCAWAUCUGAAGUUSCCCUAUUAUUUUUCAUCUGAACUGAGUYGACAGAUUUACAAGGAUUUUUAUAARAUUCUUAUAUCUUGUUUACCAAUAGCACCAAGACACUGAAAUUGGCAAAAUUGUAUAAGAACUGUCUUUCUCUCAACAACAGUGAUAUUUUGAAAAAAUAUAUGAGAUUUUGUUUAUGUGAUAUUAUUACUUUAGGACCCUAGUUGCAGUCCCUUAUGAAGGGUAGAUAUAAAGUCUUAAGUUCAUAUGCAUACAAACAAUCAUGUAMACUUUCUAAUAGAACAGGUUAUCUAGUCACUUUUUGUCACCUCUUUGAAAGAAAAUCAGUGUGAGAUCUAAUUGGCUAACUUUUUGCUAUUUCUGAUUCCACCCAAUUCAAUGUUGAUUUUUUAUGAGUGGGAAAUGAUACAUUAGUGACAUUUGUGGUAUCUAUUGAAGAUAUAUUGUCUCARUGAAUUCAUGUUAUAGUUAGCUGUUAGUCAUAGAGAUAUCUCAUAUUUGUUUCUUAUUCAUACAAAAUCAACUCUGAGGACUUUUUUCCUCCAAGAAGUAACAUAAAGAAGUGGCCCUUAUGCUCUUUAGGAGUAAGUACAUGGUAUUGAGUGAGAAUUAUGUAUUAGCACAUAGUUAGUAGACUGUCUCCCUCUACUAACUAUGAUAAGCAACACUAGCCAAUUCUGUCUUCAUUUAUAAACUUACUACAUUUGACACAGUGACUGCUGUUAUAAAUCCUAAACUUUCUAUAUUGCCAUAGUAGUUGUUUUUGGAUUCUAGAUAUACAGUCAAUUACAAAAUGUUUGGGGAUUGAGAUGUACUUAUGCAAUUAUAAUUAUGUAGAGGCAUUAAAUUUGAAAUGCAGAGGUAACAUCCAACAUUGAUCCUCAUGAUUUUUGAAGAUGGAUUUUGUAAAUGGUACACUUGAUUUAUCAAAAGGUGUUCAUUUUAUAUUUCUGUUGCUCAGUUUAAUUUUAGGAAUGUCUUUAAUAAUGCAAUAUUCAUUCCCUGAAGACUUUGGUUGGGUUACUGUAUCUCAUUACACAUUUUGAAUCUUGUAUCCAUGAUAAGUACAUCAAUGCAAUGCAAAACCUUUUUAAAAUUGWCUGUAUAAUUUUAUUAGUUAUUGCUUAUCAUUAUAGAUCCUUUCAGUAAAAACCAAUGUUGUAUAGUAUUGAAUUUAUGAUGAUGAAUUAUCCAAAUACCUCUGUAAAUGCAAUUUUUAAUUCCAAUUAAAAUUGUUCAUCAAA